GUCUAGCCGGAGCAACAGCUUUGGCAAUCAAUGGAUUCAAUGCCGUGUUCAGUUUGACGGUUAUGGUGCUGCUCAUGACGGCUGCCGCUGCUGCAAACGAAUACACUAACCACACCGUUGGCGGCGAUACCGGCUGGUUCUUCGAUCCCGUCACCGACACCUCUGUUAGUAAAUUACACUUCUUGGGCCGCAAAUCAAACCUUCAAUCUCAGAGACUAUCUCAGUGAUGCUCAACACCUUUUUCUAUUUCAUAUCUCCUCUUGUUGAAAAUGUUCAGUUUUGACAGUGAAUUUUAGAUCAAAUCAUCGUUUGGUUACAAUGGAACAGAGGAAAUUUUGCAGGAAAUAAUGGAAAUCUAAACUUGAAAUCUGAUUUUGUUGAAAUGAAUUAGAAUAAGUUCU